AAAACCCGCCCAAUUGGGCGUGAAAACCGCCCAAACCCGACACUGAUCCAUAACAACCGAGAGAGAGAGAGAGAGAGACUGAGGGGGGAAACGAGUGAGAGAGUGAGAGAGAGAGAGAGAAGGUGAAAGUGAUCCGUGACGUUGCUCCGGCGGCUGAGGGACCCAGUGAGUGACCAGGCCUCAGGCCUCGGCCUCCCGCCCGCCCGGCGAUGCCCAAAUACUAUGAGGAGAAGCAGGAGGACCCGCGGCCCUGCUCCGGCAUCAGGGAGGACCUGAGGGGCUGUCUGCUGGAGCACCACUGUGUGCUGAAGGAAGGAAAAUCACCAAAACAAUGUUUAAAGGAAGGCCACUGCAGGGCGCUACAGGUUACUUUCUUUGAGUGUAAAAGAUCUUUGCUGGACACCAGAACUCGGUUCAGAGGAAGAAAAGGAUACUGACUGUGAAGAAUUAGCACUGCAAAGCUCAUGGCAUCAAAUGAACACAAAAUUGUUUUAUGUAUGAAUAAAAUUGCAUUUACAUUAUAUAAAGGGUGGAAAAUUCAAAGUUAAGGCUGUAUAGUUUCCUCGGUUAGGAAAUAUGUUCUGUUUUUCUUAAAACACAAGCAAGAAGUAGUAAAAUAAAGGUGAAAAGAAUAAAUGUUAAAUAAA